AGCCUGUUUCUCGGCUAGCUGCCACCUUACAAACGUUUGGCUCUCCCAAUCUGGCAGAAGACUCAUCUCCAUCGGUCACCACAUAUACAAACACCGAGACACUCUACAGUUCUGGGAUCCUAGGGUUUCCUCACUCAUGGACUGCUCCGAUUCGCCCUACGAUCUUCUCUUCAAAUCGCUCUCCCUCAUCCCAAUCUCUCACUACUUGCUUGGAUUUCUGCUCCUUUCUCUCGUUUUCCUCUACAAUUUCCUCGAAAUCCAUCUCUUUCGUGACCUGAUUGCCACUGGAUUCAGAGGCCAUCCGGUAUCGUUGACCUUCGCCUCGGGCUCCGAACUCUACGAGGCCGUUGCUUCCAAGUGUCAGAUUCUUCACGGAAGGUAUUUGGCUACUUCAUGGCUUUCCAGUCCUCAUCUUCAAACUGCAUUUUUGAGCUUCUUUGGGAGGCCUCCUGUUUUCAGCUAUAGAAGACAGCUAUUCCAUACAUCUGAUGGUGGAACAAUUGCUUUGGACUGGCUGGUGAAUUCUGAUGUUAUGGGAGUAGCCAUCAACAUGAAUGAUACUAUUCGGAAAGAUGAUAAAACUCCUAUUGUUGUUGUGAUUCCUGGCCUAACAAGUGAUUCGGCUUCUGCUUAUAUAAAGCAUCUUGCAUUCAAGAUGGCAAAAAGCGGCUGGAAUGUUGUGGUGAGCAAUCAUCGAGGGCUGGGUGGCAUAUCAGUUACUUCCGAUUGCAUGUACAAUGCUGGAUGGACAGAGGAUAUAAGGAAAAUUGUUGAUCAUCUUCAUUGUCAGUAUCCAGAGGCUCCUCUAUUUGCUGUUGGAACUAGCAUUGGUGCCAAUGUUCUGGUAAAAUAUCUUGGAGAGGAUGGGGUUAAUAUUCCUCUUGUUGGUGCUGCUGCCAUCUGUUCUACAUGGGAUCUUUUGAUAUGUGACAGAUUCAUUAACCGCAAGCUUGUACAGAAAUUCUAUGACAAAGCUCUAACAAUUGGCCUACAAGGUUAUGCCCAAUUGCAUCAGCCCAUCUUAUCUCGUCUUGCUGAUUGGGAAGGCAUUAAAAAGUCACGUUCUGUUCGAGACUUCGACAACUAUGCAACCCGUCUAGUUGGAAAAUAUGAGACUGUGGAUACAUAUUACAGGCGUUGUAGUAGUGCUAGUUUUGUGGGAAAUGUAUCAGUACCACUCCUCUGUAUCAGCACUUUGGAUGAUCCAGUCUGUACAAGAGAAGCCAUUCCUUGGGAUGAGUGCAAGGCAAAUAAAAAUAUUAUCCUAGCAACCACAAAGCACGGAGGACAUCUAGGAUUUUUUGAAGGGCUCACUGCAAAAAGCUUGUGGUGGGUAAAGGCUGUCGAUGAGUUCUUAAAUGUCCUACACUCAACCGAAUUUAUUCACAGAAAAAAAGAGGCUCAGGUCUCUCCAUUGCCCGUUCCGCUAGAAUCCUCAAUCGAUCAGGGUCCAUAUGUCAAUGUUACCAAAGAUGGCAUGGUGACUGCAAUAGGCAACAAGCAAACCAACAUGGAAGAGGAAGAAGAAUUAUGCCAUGAGCACACGCUUCACACUGAGAAAGAUGAAGACAAGGUUUCAGUUGCAGAAACCAGUGGUAACAAAAGCAAAGAAAGAACACAUUCGAAGACUGAACUCAGCCAGCCAUCCGAACAUGACCGUAGCCGUGUAACUGCUCCCAUAAAGAGACGCAUGGAUCAGCUGUCCCGAUACAGUAGGAAAUCAAUCUGGCUGCUGGUGUACAUUGCCAUUGUUACUACUUGGCCGCUGGUUGGCUCGGCCCUUCUGCUGACCUUGAAGAGGAAAUUCAAAAAUGUCUUACCGGCAGCUCUGCUCGGUAGAUAGAACCUCCUACAGGUAACUUCAUUCUACCUCAUGAACAACUUCUAUUCCUUGGAAUAAAUAAAUCAUUAAAAAAAAUCAAAAUAAUAGCAUCCAUAAUCAGGAAAUUUAGGCCCAUCGAACGUUCAGCUCUGAAUUUGGAUGUUAAAAUCUGUGUUGGGAUCGGAAUAAUUGGCUGUAAAAUGGGUGGGAUAAUAAUAAAUCCAGAUGUAUAACAUUUCACCGGAACUUGAUGUAAUUGUAAUACUUGGACUCUGUAAGCUAUUUGUUUUACAGAUUACAUUUUCACCAGGUCUAGAUAUUGUUGCAA